CAUGCGAGCUAGGGCUAGAUGACGAUAUAACAGUAUGUAGAUGAGUGACUGCAUGACUUGGUCCGACUUUGUGCUGCUCUUUCAGGAGCUCACAGUCAUGUAAAGUGCACGCCUCAAGAGAACAUCUCCUUCUGUAACGAGCUCCUCUGGUCUGAUAUGGAAAGCUUGAAGCAAGCCGAUGAUCACAUUCUUAUGACAUAUGCAUUUGUGCACUAGUAGAAAAAGCUCUGGAUUUGCCUUAUGCAUGUACGUCAUACGAAAUACUGUGGUUGUCUAUGGUGUAAUGAGCACGGGGGAGUACAUCAGACAAUACAGACGGAAAUAUGUUGAAGCAUCCUCAAAAAAAGAAGCGUUUUUAACUACCAAAAGCAUGAGAUUGCAGUUAGUCUUAGUCCGUGUAAUAAUGCAGGCUAUGGAGUUUGGUUUCUCCUACUUGGUGAACUGGGCCCAAUACUGAUUUAAUAAUGGGAUUUGAUUGAUGAUGAUGUGAAUGAAUAUUUUAAUAAGAACAUGCAUUAGAGAGUGGGAUUGCGGUGAAUAGACAUAGACUUAUUGCUACUUAUAGGAAUAUGCUUAUAUGUGUAUAGAAAUGUACUAUUUUACCAUGAAAGGUUUCAGUUAUCCAGCCUGAAGACUAUUACAUUGUUUAAUAUGACUACGUCAAAGGUGACUAGUUUUGCACAUGAAGCAAGGACAUUAAGUAAAACUUUGGUGAGGUUAUUAAAUUCUGCCUCAGUUACUAAGAAAUCGUAAUGUUUCACUGGCAGGUUGACAUGCAGCAAAAGUUGUGCACGCACAACACAACCUUAUUUGUGGAAAACGGCCAGGCCUGUGGUGCAGGCGCUCCAUCUCCACCCCCGUUCCGAUGCCCCCGAUGUGGAGAGCAUGAGCGCUUCCACAGCCUGGCUGCGUUACGGGCCCACCUUGACUACAACCACACAUACGAUCCAAGGCACAACCUCAGCCUCCCUGCCAGCAGGGGGUACUUACGCUCUGACAGCAAAAGAGCCACUGCUGAGACCCAGACAACAAAGGACGCAGGCACUGACACGCGUUCGCACCAGUUCCCAUUCAGCUCUGAUCCCCUUCCACAUGACCAGACUGCAGACACGUGCCCAGAACAGCCUGCCUCCCCAAAGAAGAGUGCCGCUGGUGGCGAGUUGUCCAUUGGCACCAAGCUCCUCUCUGCUCCAGUGCCCUCGGUGGGGCAGAGGCUGGAGGGCAUGAUGAGGACGGCCAGUAGCAGCAUGGAGCGACGGCUGCUCCGGCUCAGCUCAGAACUGGCCCACACUGACACAGCACUUCUGUGUGAGCGUGCACACUCGCACCACCUGGCCCAGGAGCGACAAGAAGUGCUGGAGAGGGAGCAAGCUCUUAGCAGACAGGUGAAUGCCGCUGUCAUGGUUAUCGCCACUCUGCGCCAACAGCUCAGUAUGUCCGAGCAUGAGCUGGAACGGAGGGAACAGGAAGUGCUUGCUAUUCAGAAAUUUCUGGAAGCAGCAGCGCAGCAUGAGAUGUGCGGGAAAGUUCGUUUGCGGCGCUUCAUCGAAGGCCUCCUGCGACGCAUUGCCCUGGCUGAAAGGCUGCUGGAGUAUUACCAGAACACUCCGCAUGAGCACUACUGCACAGCUCACACGGUGUCCCCUUUAGCUGAGGCAGGUCCCCAAAGAAUAACUAAAAGCAGGUCUACAGGAGAGCAACUGGGCCAUGAUGAGGAAAUGCCACAUGGGCAUCAGGCUGGGUGGGGAGCAUCCCGGGCAUCCGGGGAGAGACGGAGCCAUCAUGGCUGGGUCCAGAGCAGGAGGUCAGAUAGUUAUGAGGUUUAGGUGUCUGGCUUGCGCCUUUCACUGAAUGUACUGUAUAUGUUUCAAAUGUAGUGCAUCGAAAUUGUAUUUUAAGCAAAUAUAUAUAAAGAAAAACAGCAUUAAAGAAUAUAUAACAUUCCUGAAAAAAAAAAUCUGACAUGGAUCUCAUAUGGAGAGAUCCUUUUCAGCAAAAUGUGGAAAGGCAGUUCAUCUUGGUAGCGCUCCUAAUCUUACCUGCUUGGAAUAUUGUUUAGGUCAGGGUCCUGUAGGACUCUAGUGUCUAGUGAUGGCAUGUUACUGUUCUGAUCAUCAGAAAACUUGCUCUGUGGAAUGCCUUUACACUCCCGUAGUGCUGUUAAGGUUCUAGCAUACUGCUGACGUUGUGGACACAUGGUAAGACUGCCCUUUAAAUCUACUACAUAUGGCUACCUAAGUUAAUAGUUUACAUUCUGAAGAAAUGCAAACUGAUUCUAUAUUAUGGGAAUUGAAUGUCUGUUCAUAUCUAACCAUUGCUCAAAUCAAUGCAGUAUUGCUGUACAGUGCCUUGCAUAAGUAUCCCCCUGCACUUAAACCUAAUUGGGGUUAUAUGUUAUGAAUCUAUACUAAAUAGCUCAUAUUAUUGAAAUGGGAGGGAAUAGAGUUUCCUCUAUUAUUUGCAAAAGGACUUCCAAAUGUGGGCUAGUAAAGUGCCAGUCUCUAUACACCUAUUCUGGAAGGCCCCAGAGAGAAUUAUACCUAAAUAUGCAGCUUAUGAAGACCAAGGUUCUAUCAGUUUCAAGACAAAGUUUUGGCAAUAAAGCAUCAGUCAGAUUUUGGUUGCAAAUAAAUAAUGAUAGUGUUAGCGUUACAACACAACCACAUCUCUGCCUAGCUGAGACCAUUAACCAUUAAUCUCUGCUCUGAUGUUUGGUGGAUACCCAACACCCUGAGAACACCAUCCCUACAGUGAAGCAUGGUGGUGGUAGCACUUACAUCUCUGACUUUUUGGUGGACCACCACCACCAAAACACAGGAUACAGUUGUGCCAUAUUAUUUCCAUUUUUAUAUCAGUCUCACUUGUUGCUCUUUCAACUGCUCCCAGUUUGGGGUUGCCACAGUGGAUCAUCUGGUCUGCAUAUUUUGAUUUGGCGCAUGUUUUAGCCCUUCCUGAUGCAACCCUCCCAUUUUAUCUGGGCUUGGAGUUCAGUGGCUAGGUUAGCUCCUUGCCUGGGAAUUGAACACUGAGAGCGCAGGAUCCUGCCGCUGGACCAGCAGAAGGCUGUUUUAUACCUCUCUCACUAAAAACAAACAAAAAAAUGUUUUCAGCUGGUCUAUCUGCCCAGGAUUCUCAAGAAUGAGUGCAUGUACAUUAGCAGAUGGAUUGAUUAGAUUUUGGAAUUGAUCCAAACGGUGUCAAGGUCAUGGAAUCCUUUUUUCUUUAAUAGCUUUCUUCCUGUUUAUGAGGGUAUUUGAGGUAUACAAGUCUAAUUGGCAAUGGGGGCAUCCCUGUUGACGCUGCUGGCAUCGAGUUCUACUUGUUUAAUGUUGUUCUGUGGAAUGUUCAAAUUUUGAACGUUUUAUAUAACUAAACCUUGUUUUGAUUGUUCCUUGGUUUUCAUGAUACUUUGCUUAGUCAGAUUCUUCAACAAACUUUUCCAGAAACAGGUGUAUUUAUACUGAGAUCACGAAAAGCUUCACUUGUGCACUGGUAGACUUAUACUGCUGAUUGCACCAGAACUAAUUUGGAGGUUCUCAGAGGAACAUUUGUUUUUAUUUUUCUUAUUUGCAAAAAAUUGAAUGCUGGAAACAGUUUAAAGGGGGGUGAAUACUUAUGCAAGGCCCACUUAAAAAAAAUAUCAUGCAAAGAAUUUAUAGUACUUUCAAUUUCUGUAUGUAAAUUGACAACACAUGCUACAAGACUGUGUUAUCCAAAUGUUAAAUUUGUUAGCUGUUUUUCUUUAUUUUAAGGUGCUGUGGCACACAGUGAAUGUCCGAGAUAUUGAUAUUAUCUGAAUGCAUUAGUUCAUAUAAUCGAUAUUUUAGUGGUGCUGUUGCCUGGGGCUGUAAUAUCCAUAUCAUAACCAGUAUUAUCAUAACCAGUAUCGUCUGUGCUGUGUGGAAUGCCUCCUAACAGUAGCCAGGGUCAUGUAAAAUUCCACAUUAACAAUUUAAAAAAAAAAAUCUUCCUGUCAAUAUUAACUCAACUUGCUUUUCAUAUAAGCAAAAGUGAUGUGUGAGUGAGUCUGGCAUUUUACACUACACUGCACUCUGAUCUGUGAGAAGUGACAGUAACCAGAGAAGUAGCACAUUUUUAGCUCUGUUUUAGUACAUUUAUGUAGCAAUGAUUGGGUUUAGAUAGUAGGCUACAUGUUCGAUUAAAACAAGAAAAAUUUGUUCUUUAACCUGUAUGAGAUGUCUCUCAGUUUAUUGUGGUUUCCAAAGUAUUAAAUAGUUUGCAUAUUGUUUCUUAAUCAUUGUGAAUAUGUUCUAUUUUUCUUGGGGGGAAAAAAAAGAAGAUCUAAUAAGUUAGAUGUUGGUCUAAAAGAUCUUUAAAUGUUGCACACUAUAAUCUUAUCCUUUUUCACUUGAAUAUCAAAUCUCUUUACAUACCCGAUUUUUCAUUCCAAAACUUGUACCAUUAAUGCUUUUUUAUGAUGUCUAGUUUAGGUGGCAGUGCAGUUACAGAACAAAAUGAUUGUCAAACCUUGGUGUGAUGAUUGCUUAUUCGCUUUAAUACUUCACUCAUUAUUACUCAGUUCCUGAUACACUAUAUUGCCAAAAGUUUUGGGACACACCCCUCCAAAUCAUUGAAUUCAGGUAUUAUUUUUCAGGGGUUGGGCUCGGCCUCUUAGUUCCAGUGAAAGGAACUCUUAAUGCUUCAGCAUACCAAGACAUUUUGGACAAUUUCAUGGAGAUGGCCCCUUCCUGUUUCAACAUGACUGUGCACCAGUGCACAAAGCAAGGUCUAUAAAGACAUGGAUGAGCGAGUUUGGUGUGACGUCAACCUGAUGGAACACCUUUGGGAUGAAUUCAAGUGGAGACUGCGAGCCAGACCUUCUCAUCCAGCAUCAGUGCCUGACCUCACAAAUGUGCUUCUAGUGGAAUGGUCAAAAAAUCCCAUAAACACACUCCUAAACCUUGUGGAAAGCCUUCCCAGAAGAGAUGAAGCUGUUAUAACUGCAAAGGGCGGGUCAACUCCAGAUUACAUUCAUUUGCAUGUAAAGGCAGACAUCCCAGUUUUAGCCUGACUCACAGUCUCUGCUUUAAUUCAUCCCAAAGGUGUUCUAUUGGGUUGAGGUCAGGAUGGUCAAGUUCCUCCACACCAAACUCACUCAUCCAUGUCUUUAUGGACCUUGCUUUGUGCACUGGUGCACAGUCAUGUUGGAACAGGAACGGGUCAUCCCCACAAAGUUGGGAGCAUGACAUUGUCCAAAAUGUCUUGGUAUACUGAAGCAUUAAGAGUUCCUUUCACUGGAACUAAGGGACCAAGCCCAACCCCUGAAAUACAACACCUGAAUUGAAUGAUUUGGAGGGGUGUCCCAAAACGUUUUUAAAAGUACACAAUAUAGUGUACUUUUAAACAUGCACUUCAUAACGUGAAUAUUUUCUAGAUCUGUACUAAUUAUGUAAUUAAAAAAAAUACUGUGAUUUGCAAUAUUAUAUUGCAGCUAGUUUCUUUAUUUUUUCAGGUUGUUUACAUCUUCGAUUUAAGCUGCUCUUUUUAACAUUACAUAGUGAUUAAUAUUUAAUAUGCUUACAGUGCACACAGUGUAAGAUGUGGAUUCAUUUACAGGCUCUUAUCUAUUGCAGAAUGCUGAAUAUAACUGGUGUCAUGCAUGUUUGUUGAUUUGUUUGUUUCUUGUGGAGAGCACUGAUUGAAAUCAGAAUGUAAUUUGAUUUCUUAAUUCUUUAUUCAUUAUAAAUAAUAUUGUUAACACUGACUCAAAUACUGUUUAUGUAUAAGUUAAAAAAAAAAAAGCAGAACUGCAAAGUAGGUUAUUUUUAAUGAAGAAAAUUGUCACACAUUAGCACUUAUUUGUUUAAGACCUGCUGAAAAGAAAUGGUGUUCAUGUGCUGUCCAGUGCUGUGAUUUAUUCCACAGCUCUAUACCGAUGCUAAGAUUAGACUCUUGUUUAGUUUGUGUCUCACUCCUGUUUUUUUUUUUUUCCUGUCAUUCACUGACUAGAAGCUCUUUUCUGUGAAGGCUCUACAGCUGGAAUGAUCCUGCAAUAGCUUUUAGAGAACCUGAGGUCCACCUUGUUGUGUAUCGUGUGUGAGCAUGCCGUAGGUGUUCUGUAACUAGUGCAAUACGUGAGACUAUAUUUUUAGAAGAAGGCAGUGUUUGUAGAAAGGCCUAUGGAUAGAAAGAUGUGCAAUCAUUUAUGUACAGUAUUUAUUAACGAAAUAAUAGUUUGCUAUGAAGGACAAUCAAAAGUCGGAAGUGAUUAAGUUGUUUCAUGUUUCUGGAUUAUCCUUUAGAAAUCUUUUGACUUUCACUGAUUUCGAAUGUGCCAUGUUUGUUUCUGUUAGAGAUGUUAAGCUUUGUUUCAUUAGGUUAUAUAGCCACUGUGUGUGCCUUUCUCUUGAACUCUUGGUAUCAUUACACAUGCAACACUGUGAAGUCUUGCAAGAUUUGUGCUCUCGAUCAGUGUGAUGUUUAAAAAAAAAAGUGAUUAUUAUUGUUAUUUUAAAACAUGAUUAAAAUCAGAAUAUCAGACUCA